UGUUAACGGAAACGCCUUCAUUUAAAAAGCACACAGGAAGUAUUGCACAGGCAUUUGUCCUCAAACCAGCACCAUUUCUCAGCAGUGUCUUGAGGAGGGUGAGGUGAAAGAUGCAGCGUCGCAUUUUUCUGCUCAUCUACGCGGUGGCUGUUGCCAUUCAUGUUUCUUUGGCUUUCAACAUUGAUGUGACAGAACCUGAUGUCUACACUGGUGAACAAAAUGAUUUCUUUGGAUACAAAGUGCUUCAGUUCAUAUCUGGCACAAACAAAGGAAUAAUCGUCACUGCACCUCUGCAGCUAAAUGGAUCUGGGGGAAUAUGCAAACCUGGCAAAAACCAAGACAAAAACAACUGUGUCAGUUAUAAAGAUGUUACAGUGGCAAACAAAACAAUACCUGUCAAGCACCUUGGCCUGUCAAUAGCUGCAGACUACAGAGGAUCCCAGUUCACUGUUUGCAGUCCAAGUGUAGCACAUGAAUGUAAUGAGAACUCCUAUCUAAACAGUGUGUGCUACACGAUGACAGAUGAACUCAGGGAAAUCUCCUCUUUUAAACCUGCUUUCGAAGAAUGCACAAGAAAGACAGUGGACCUUGUCUUUCUUUUUGAUGGAUCAGCGAGUAUGACUGAAGACGAGUUCACGAAAAAUAAAGAUUUCAUAGUGGACAUAAUGAAAACCCUUCAGAACACAUCAAUCAAGUUUGCAGCAGUUCAGUUCUCCUCAAAUUACAAUAAGGUUUUUGACUUCAAUGACUAUCAACAUGGUCUUGCUCUUGAAAAACUUAGGAAAGAACCCCACAUGAAGAGUCUCACCAACACACAUAAAGCCCUCAGUUUUACAUUGGAGCAUAUUUUGGAAAAGCCAGAUGCAGGCGCCUCUCCUGAUGCAACCAAAGUCCUGGUACUGAUCACAGAUGGAGAUCCCAGUGAUACGGACAGAAAUGGGAUUAUUAAAAGAUAUAAUGAUAAAAAAAUCAUUCGCUUUGUCAUUGGGGUCAAAGCUGCCAAGCUGGAUAAAUUUACGGCCAUUGCCUCAGAACCGACAGAUAAAUAUGCCUUCCAAAUCGAGGACUAUUAUGGACUCAAAGGAAUACUGGAAAACUUUCAAAACAGGAUCUUUACAAUGGAAGGCUCCACUGGGAUUCGGGCAGGAGACAUGACUAGUGAAAUGGCUCAGAGUGGAUUCAGUGCUGUCUUCCACAGGGAGAACUUGAUCCUGGGUUCAGUGGGUUCAAACAGCUGGCGGGGCUCUCUCCAAGAACUCCAAGAACAAAAUGAAACACAAAUUGUAGAUCCUAAAAUGCUGGAGGACUCCUACAUGGGAUACUCUGUUUCUGUUGGAGAGAUGAAAGAGGCUCCUCUUUACUUCACGGGCGCACCAAGAUUUAACCACACAGGACAGGUCGUACUUUUCAAACAGCAGGACAAAUCCUGGACUGUAGCCCAAAAACUAAAUGGACACCAGAUCGGUUCCUACUUUGGUGCAGAGCUGUGCUCAGUAGAUAUCAACUCCGAUAGUAACACUGACUUCCUGCUGGUGGGAGCGCCACUGUUUUACCAGCCUCAGGAGAAGAGAGAAGGCCAGAUCUACGUCUACACAAUGACUGAUGAGAUGCAACUGAAAAAUGAAUUGAGUGUGACAGUGCCAUCCAUGGGUAGAUUUGGCACCACCAUAGCCAGCCUCGCAGAUCUGAACGGAGAUGGACUCCGAGACAUUGCUGUUGGAGCCCCCAUGGAGGAUGAUAACAGGGGAGCUGUGUACAUCUACCUCGGUGACAAACACCAAGGGAUACGCAGCACUUUCAGCCAGAGAAUCAUGGGACAGGAAAUACAAUCUGGGCUGAGAUUCUUUGGACAGGCCAUUGAUGGGAAAAUUGACCUUGGAAAGGACGGACUCCCAGAUAUUGUGAUUGGAUCACAGGGCACGGCUGUUGUCUUAAGGUCCAGGCCUGUCUUUAAUGUCAUGGCACAUCUUUCUUUUCAACCUGAGGAGAUCAGCACUGAGAAAAUCUACUGUCCAAGCCAGACAGAUGAAACUUUACCUAUGGUUACCUUAAAAGUCUGCUUUGAAAUGGCAGAGACAACAAAGAGCAAAGCAGGGGCAAUGAACUCAGGACUGAACAUCUCAUACACGCUCAAUGUGGAUCCAGUGAGACAAACACAUUAUCGAGGUUUCUUUGGGACUGACACGAAAGCCAGGAAUCAUACUAAUACCCAUGAGCUGAGGGAGAAAAACACCUGUUUCAACUACUCCAUCCACAUGCCAAAAUGUGUGACAGACACAUUGUCACCCAUCAUCAUCAAAUUAAACUUUUCCCAAGUGGAAAGUGAGAACAAAAAUGCCAUCCUGAACGUGGACAGCGAAAGACAGGCUGUUGUUGAGGUUCCCUUCGAAAAGCAAUGUGCAAAAAAUGAUACCUGUAUUGCUGAACUUGAGGUGGAUUUCAGCUUCCUCACCCCAACAUUAUUGGUAGCAGAAGAUAACUACUUCAACGUGUCUAUAAAACUGUCCAAUCAUGGUGACGACUCGUACAACACCAGCCUUAUAAUGCACCACCCUCCAGGCCUCUCCCUCUCUAGGAUGAUUCUCAAAGAGGCGACAAGACCAAUACUCCACAGCUGUAAUGGUCUACAAGGAGUACUUGACAAAACUGUAUGUGGUGUCAGCCGUCCUGUGUAUCGGAGCAGAUCUGCUGCAACAUUUCUAACUUCUUUCUUCAUCAUAAAUAAAUAUGAGUGGAAUGACACAAUCUCAAUGACCAUUAUCGGACACAGUGAUAAUGCAAACACCAACAGGACCAAUUCCCUGACCAAAAGCAUCCCGGUACAACUUGAAAUUAAAAUGGCAAUAACAGUGGAGGACAGUAGCACCACCUAUCUGAACUUCACAGUAGAAGAUGCUGAUGAAGAUGUUCCUAAAAGAAUUGAGACUAUAUACAAGAUCGCUAAUCCAGGUUUGAGGCCUUUUCCUGUCGAUGUGUUCCUGAGCUUCCCAACUAAACUGGAAAAUAACUUUGAAAUUAUGAACUAUAAUGUGUCUGUCCAGCAGAGCAAAACUCAAUGCAACAUUUCUGACAACGCAUCCGCAGACUGCUCACCAGAAAAAUACUGCAAGACUGUAAGGUGUGACACUUUCAUCCUGGAGAAAGAAUCAGACGUUGAGGUUAAAUUGUCAGCACACGUACAAUUUAGGGAUCUCAAAGAGCGUGCAAAGAAUAUUGACUUUCUGAAAAAAUAUACUGGAGACAGCAUGGAGGUUAAAUUUAAAAGCUCUAUAAAUGUUGGCUAUAACACACAACGAUAUGUGCUGGAUUCUCAUAAACAAGAGAAUAAAUAUGGGUCUACAAAAGAGAAGUCUCAUGAAACUGGCUUGCCAAAAGACAACGAUCUGACGAUGAAAGAGUCUGAAGUUCGGGUUGAGUUAAUAAUUCUGCCAAAUCAAAAUCUGAUCAUUUUAACUGGAACUGGACUGGGACUUCUGCUUCUGUUGAUAAUCACAAUCAUCAUGUGUAAGAUGGGUUGCUUCAAGAGGAAAAGGUUUUAUACAGAAGAAGAGGAGGAAAACGCUCUUCAGGUUUAUUCUGAGUCAACCCCUGCUCCUACCAAUGGGCUAAUCAACCAACCAGAGACUGAAGACAAAUCUGACCAACUGUCAGAGGAUAAAAUGCUUCUUGAUGAUGGCGAGGCAGGUAACAGCACCCUAUUGGCUGAUACAAAGGAGGGACUGGAGUAAACAUAUGCCACAAUCAAAGUGGGUUGACAUAGUGAUAUAGCAUGCAGCAUGCACAAAGGGUCAUUGCUAGUAAGGAACAGUCAUUUUGGAAAUAUGCUUAUUUGCCUCCUUGCUGGGAAUUAGCAGAGAAGAAGACUGUUACUAUUUUCAUAUCUGUCUGCUGAAUAUGAAGCUGGAGAUAGGAGAGAGUUAGCUUAGCAUAAAGAUUUGAAACAAGGGGAAGUGCUAGCCUGGCUCUGUCCAAAGGUCUGUCAAGUCAAAUUUUAUUUAUAUAGCGCAAUACCACAAGUUACACAUUUGCCUCAAGGGGCUGUACAAUCUGUACAGCAUGUGACACCCUCUGCCCCUAGACCCUCAAAGUGGAUAAGUCCUUAAAAGCAUAAAAAUGGAGGAAACCUUGAUAAGAGCAACAGAGGAGGGAUCCCUCCACCUGGACCGACAUGCAAUAGAUGUCGUGCAUACAGAAUAGAGCAAUAUAGUGCAUUUACAGUAUGAAUAAUCAGGAUGACAACAUUAUAGACUGUAAACAUAUAUAAAGAAUAUGACCUGGGAGGACACAUGCAACUUCCAGGUGUGCCCAAAAAGAUAAGAUCUAAACCACACAACCUCCUCUCUACCUUGAAGACCUGGAAAGGCAACAGACCACACAAACAGAAAGACAUGAAACCAAGCACACCAUUCACACUUAACUACCAGCUGCCAGUUACUUUACAUUCCAGUUCACAGGCUUAACUUUCUUUGUCAUGUAGAGUAUGGAAAUUUUUGUCACGUAAUAACUGGUGGUACUAAAGAAAAGCUCUCCCCCAGAAAAGAGAACUUGCACAGUGUAUGUAACAACCUGUAAUCAUGUCACACAUAUUGAUGACAACUGAACAAAUCAUAUUAUAGUGGUGUUUGUUGUCUGAGCCUUGAUGUUGAUGAAAAAAGUUCAUCCGAGGGCAAAAGCCUCCCCAAACACUGCAG